ACUGGCCCCGCCCCUGGCCUUGUUGCUUGGUGCGCACGCCAGCCGGCCUGCCAGCCCCGUGCCAGUAAGCGGCAGUGGUAGAUAUGGCUGCUGUCCUGCAGCGCAUUGAACGGCUGUCCAGUCGGGUGAUUCGCGUCCUGGGCUGUAACCCGGGUCCCAUGACUCUGCAGGGCACCAACACCUACUUGGUGGGCACCGGCCCCAGGAGAAUCCUCAUUGACACUGGAGAACCAGCCAUUCCAGAAUAUAUCAGCUGUUUAAAGCAGGCGCUGAAGGAAUUUAACACAGCGAUCCAGGAAAUCAUAGUGACUCACUGGCACCAUGAUCAUAGUGGAGGCAUAGAAGAUAUUUGUAAAAGCAUCAGUAAUGACACUAUAUACUGCAUUAAAAAACUCCCCCGGCAUCCUGAGAGAAAAGAAGUUAUUGGAGAUGGAGAGCAUCAGUAUGUUUAUGUGAAAGAUGGAGAUGUGAUUAAGACUGAGGGCGCCACUCUUCGAGUUAUAUACACACCUGGCCACACUGAUGAUCAUAUGGCCCUGCUUUUGGAAGAAGAAAAUGCCGUCUUUUCUGGAGAUUGCAUCCUGGGGGAAGGAACAACUAUAUUUGAAGACCUCUAUGAUUAUAUGAAUUCCCUGAAAAACUUAUUAAAAGUCAAAGCUAAUGUUAUAUAUCCAGGACAUGGCCCAGUAAUCCACAAUGCUGAAGCUAAAAUUCUAGAAUACAUUUCUCAUAGAAAUAUCCGAGAACAGCAAAUUCUUACGGUAUUUGACGAGAACUUUGGAAAGUCAUUCACAGCAAUGGAGCUUGUAAAAAUGAUUUACAAGAAUAUUCCUGAGCAUUUACAUAAAAUGGCCAAAAACAAUGUCUUGCUUCAUUUGAAAAAAUUAGAAAAAGAUGGGAAAAUAUUUAGCAACAUGGAUCCUGACCAGAAGUGGAGAGCUCAUCUUUAGUUUCCGAUUAAUAAAAGCUUUUCUUGUGCUGUUUUUA